AAUAAAAAUAUUUAUUAGAUUAGCCAUCUAUUGCACAAUCUAUUGACUAUUUAAUCUAUUGUCAGUGUGAUCUACAAGGUAUUGCAGAAUUCGCAAAGAGUGAGUUUUACAUGAUUUAAAAUUUCAGCAUUCAAAGAUUGGAAUAAUUAAUCUAAAAUUUUUAAGAAUUCUUUAUGAAUAAUUGUUUAUUUUAGCCGCAAAAAUCCUUUUUAGGCUUGAAAAUCAAAAGCUUGAUAUUUUUAGAUUUUCACAUGCAUGUCUUUGCUUCCUCCAGAUUUGGGAUUAUUUACUUUGUGAAUGCACACAUAGUAUUAUUAUAAUUUAUUGAUAUAAUUGCAGAGUUCUGCGGUUUUAUUCAAUUCUACUGUAUUUGAUAUUGAUAUUGAUUCAGAUGUAGGAGGAGCUUUAUUAUUGUGACGUGUCAGCUGACCAUGACCUUCCUGACUAUUAAAAUCCCAGCCAACACGGUAUUCGGAAGCUGCUACAUAUUACACAAGCUGAUAAGAAUAUUGAAGGAACAUUAGAAGGAACGAAAGAGGAGCAGUCUUUUAAUUUUAUAUUUCGCGAAGAUCGCGGUUUUGUUUGUCUGAGAACGGUAGAAUUUCUCGCGCUAACUGGAGUCAGAGCUGGGACCUUAAUAGAGGAGGGUUUUUUCCCCUUCCAGAUUUUCUAAUCGCGGUUGUUAGACAUCCCUCCAGCUCUUCGAGUGGUUGCGUGCCACGUGAUGUAGUUUAGAACGGCGCGACGCUCAAUGACUCAACGCGGAUUCAGUGCCCGCGCAGACGUCGUCGCGGCCAGUUGUCUUCUGCGCUGUCGUUUCGUGACUUGCGUACGUGUGUAUGCAUACGGGCCUGUGUGUGAUGAAUUUGUGAGCAGAAGCAAGGUGAAAACUCCAGUCACGUGCGUGACGAAGGAAGGAUAAAAUAGACGUACCCGAAGAGUCAUUUGGAUCCUGAAUCGGCAAGUUGAUCGUCUUCGUUUCAUUGGAGCAGGCCUCGUCAAUCAUCAUUAAUUACGCGAGUUUUUUUUUCUACCGUGGCAACGAUAAACGGAACUACAAACAGACCAUUUUUAUUUUAAUAAAGGGAAAGCAAAAACUCAAUUCACGGACAUUUGAAAACUGCAAGAAGACACUUGAAGAUAAAUCUCAGAUCAAGAAGCGACAGAUGUACACGAGUAUCGAUGACUAAUACCCUGCUUUUCUUUCGAGAAGACUUCAUUGAGAGUUGUGAUAAGAUUGGCAUCGAUCGAUCGGAAAGUGGCGAUAUUUGCAAACAAUUGAUAUAACGAGAUAUUUAAAGUGUUAAAUUCAAUUAAUCUUAUUAAGAUCUCGCGAAGGGAUCGCCACCAAUUAUAUCGAGUGUCUGAUAAUCUGUACUUAAGAGAAUAAUCAUCAUAUUAUCAAUAAUUUAUGACGAUUGAGGAAAAAGGACAUUGAUUGUCAAAAUAGUGAGGAAAUUCUUCUUUCAUUCGAGAAAGAGAGAAAGAGAGAGAAGCAAUUAUUCAACGCCGCACAGAAGCGUUGAAGUGCUGAUAAAUUAAUCGUUUUCAACUGUGGAAGUGACAAAUUGCGGCGAGUUAAUGCCCCGUAUGAGGCCCGAUGGAUUCAUCGAAAACCAAAUCGAAGCCGAAUCCGAGGGAGAAGGCGAACAUCGUGUCGGUGUUGCUUUGGUGGUGGACAAUUAGUUUAUUCAAGACAGGAUACAGAAAAGUUUUAGAAACAGAAGAUUUAUUCGAUCCUCUGAAAGUCGAUCGAUCGAAGCUGCUAGGAGAUCGAUUGGAAAAACGAUGGAAGAUCGAGCUGGAAAAUUCAAAAAAAAAGAAACGCAGUCCGAGUCUGUUGAAGACCAUUUUUCGCACAUUCUUAUGGGAGUACAGUGUGCUAGGAAUAAUACAGAUUUUCAAUGAGUUCGUGAUAAGAAUGGGUACGCCGUUGCUGCUCGGUGGUCUCCUCCGCUACUUUCGGAAGGGUUCUGAAGAGACAUAUCAGAAUGCUCUGUGGUUUGCAGCUGGUAUGUGCAUUACUACCGGUAUGUACGUGAUAACCGGCAAUCAGACGAUCUUCGGCGCUUUCCACGUAGGCGCCAAAGUUCGCGUGGCCGUCUGCUCCGUGGUAUACAGAAAGGCGCUCCGUCUGAGCAAAACCGCACUGGGCGAGACAGCACCCGGCAAAGUAGUUAAUUUAGUAGCCAACGAUGUCAACAGAUUCGAUCUCGUCUCCAUCUUUAUUCAUUUCAUGUGGUCGGCACCUAUCUCAGCUUUGAUCGUGGCUUAUAUUCUCUAUCAGCAUGUCAGCUAUCCCGGUCUCAUCGGCAUCGCUGCUAUCUGCGUGGUCGUGCCGCUUCAAUCUUAUACCGGCAAGCUGUCGUCGAAGUUCCGUCUUCAGACUGCUCUCAAGACAGACGAGCGAGUUCGACUGAUGGAUGAAAUAAUUUCUGGGGUACAGGUGAUCAAGAUGUACGCGUGGGAGAAGCCGUUUUGCGCUUUGAUCGAGUUGGCGCGGAAGCUCGAGCUUCGGGUAGUCACUAAGAGCUCGUACAUCCGCGGUAUCUACAUGACUUUCAAUCUUUUCACAACUCGGAUGGCGCUCUACUGCACUCUUGUCUCCAUACUAAUAUUCAACGACGAACUGACCGCCGACAAGAUCUUCGUCGUCUCGUCCUACUUCAAUCUCCUCGCGUUCAACAUGACCGGCAUGUUUGUGCGCGGUUUUGCCGAAUUGGCUGAAUGCAUGGUGGCCAUACGUAGGCUGCAAAGCUUUCUUAUGUUAGAUGAAUUCGAAGGUAAUAACGUCGUUAUCUCCAAGGCGUCCUACGCAAAUUCGGAUUUCAAGCGAGCCUCCAAACCGGAUUUGCCCUACAUCGAUGAUGAUGUCGUGGAAAAUCAACCAGAGUCACGUGAGGACGACUCGGGUGAAAAUAACGACUGCAAAAAGCAUAACGGUCUGAUGGUCGUUGCCAGCGACUUGCUGAGAAACACCGCUAAUUAUGUUGGAGAGAAGAAACAAUCAUCCAUACCCGAUACGAACUGGGACAUCAACAUGAUUAAUGUUACUGCUAAGUGGGAGGAGAAACAAUCGGAGAACACCCUGGACAAUUUAAAUUUGGAAUUAGAGAAGGGAAAGCUGUACGCGGUGAUUGGUAUGGUGGGCAGCGGCAAGAGCUCGUUCUUGUCCGCUAUUCUGGGAGAACUCAACCUGACGGAAGGUCAAGCGAAAGUCAACGGUAGCGUCAGCUACGCUAGUCAGGAAGCCUGGGUCUUCGGUGCCACCGUCCGACAAAAUAUACUAUUCGGACAAUCUUACGAACGCCAACGGUACCAGAAGGUGGUCAAAGCUUGCGCCUUGAUACGCGACUUUAAGCAGUUCCCGCAAGGUGAUCAGACCGUUGUGGGUGAACGUGGCAGCUCGUUAUCCGGUGGUCAGAAAGCCAGGAUCAACUUGGCUAGAGCUCUGUACAGGCAGUCAGACAUCUACCUGCUGGAUGAUCCUUUGAGUGCGGUCGAUGCACAUGUCAGCAAGCAUCUGUUUCACGAAUGCAUUCAGAGAUACCUGGCCGGUAAAACGAGAAUCUUGGCGACGCAUCAGCUACAGUAUAUUAAGGGAGUGGACGCCAUUAUUCUACUCGAACAGGGAAAAAUAAAAUAUUUCUCACAUUAUCAAGACUUAUUGGAAUAUCGACCUGAGUACUCCAUACUUCUGGCAUCAGAUAACGAACCAAUUGAUGACUCGUCCUUAGAAAAGAGUAUGAGCCUGCGACGACAAUUUUCUUCCACUAGUAACAGAAGUCGAACUCCAGAAGCUAGUGGCGGCGGCACUGACGACGAAGAGGAAGACGAAGACGCCGAGAAAUUGAAUGACGGUCUCGAGGCAACAUCGCGCGGCAUGGUCAAGGGUUCUAUAUUUAUCAAAUUCUUCAAAACCGGAGCCAACUUAUACAUGGCUUUCAUCGUUCUGCUUUUGUUUCUUAUUACGCAAGCCAUCGUCAGUCUCAGCGACUACUUUGUGCCUUUCUUGCUUAAUUAUGUAGAAACACAAGACUUCCAAGCCAAGCAUCUUAGCUUGAACCAAACGGACAACAUGAACGUGACAAAUACAGAUAAACACAUUGCCAUCGAAGAUCCAACGGUGAUUAAUUACGUCUACAUCUACACUGGUAUCGUAUUUGCCAUCUUCAUCAUCGGCAUCACGAGAUCGGUGGUCUUUUACAAGACAUGCAUAAUGUGCAGUCAGCGCCUACACGAUAUGAUGUUCAGUGCAUUAAUUCGCACGGGAAUGCGAUUCUUUGACACUAAUCCGAGCGGCAGGAUCCUUAAUCGAUUCUCCAAGGAUAUGGGCGCGAUAGACGAAUUGUUGCCUAAAGCGAUCUUGGAUGCCGGCCAGAUGAACAUGAUGAUGGUCGGGUCGCUAGUAGUGACCUGUACGGUUAAUCCCAUUUUUCUGAUACCCAUUGUCAUUAUCGGCGGGCUUUUCUAUUUUAUCCGCAAGGUGUAUCUCAAAACCAGCAAGAAUAUUAAACGACUGGAGGGAGUAGCACGCUCGCCGGUAUUCACUCAUUUAAACGCUACAUUGAAUGGUUUGACGACCAUUAGAGCGUACUGUGCUCAAGACAUUCUCAAAUAUGAAUUCGAUAAGCUGCAAGACGUACACACAUCUACCACUUACAUGUUUAUCGUGACCAGCACAGCAUUCGGAUUCUUUUUGGACAUGUUCUGUUUCAUCUUCAGUUCACUUGUCACCUUCAGCUUCUUGCUGAUCAAUCAAUCAUUUUCUAGCGGUGAGGUGGGUUUGGCUAUCACUCAGGUAAUGGCAAUGACCGGACUAAUCCAGUGGGGAAUGCGGCAGAGCGCAGAGGUUGCUAAUCAGAUGAUGUCGGUGGAACGUGUACUCGAAUACAUUCAGCUUCCGGCAGAACCGAAUGUAAGAGACCGAGGGGCGUACGUGAAGAAAAAGGAUAAAAACGAGGCGCUGCUGUCCAACGUUCCAAAAACUUGGCCUGAAGAUGGUUGUAUCAAGUUCAGGAACGUCUAUAUGCGUUACUCAGACGAGGAUUCGCCUGUCCUCAAGGGCUUGAAUUUAGUGAUCUAUCCCGGGGAAAAGGUUGGUGUCGUGGGAAGAACAGGCGCCGGAAAGUCGUCAUUGAUAUUAGCACUGUUCCGAUUGGCAAAAGUAGAGGGAAUCAUCGAAAUUGAUGGCAUGGAUACGGGUACGAUCGCCUUGGAGGAUCUACGACGCAAAAUAUCCAUCAUCCCUCAGGAUCCCGUUUUGUUCUCAGGUACACUGAGACGUAAUCUAGAUCCUUUCAACGAAUUUUCCGACACGGAUUUGUGGAUGGCACUUGAAGAGGUUGAGCUGAAGGAAGGAGUUACUAUCAAUGGAAAUGGUUUGGAAAGCCGCGUGUUUGACAGAGGCAGCAACUUUAGCGUUGGACAAAGACAGUUGGUAUGUUUAGCGAGAGCUAUUCUGAGAAACAAUCGUAUAUUGAUGCUAGACGAAGCGACUGCGAACGUAGAUCCGCAUACCGACGCGUUGAUUCAACGGACCAUCAGGAAAAAGUUCGCAACGUGUACGAUGCUUACAGUGGCGCAUCGAUUGAACACUAUAAUGGACAGCGAUAAAGUUCUGGUGAUGGACAAGGGUCGCUUGGCUGAAUACGACCAUCCUCAUAUGUUACUGAAAAACAGCUACAGUCAGUUUACUUCGUUAGUAAGAGAGACUGGUCCAGGUAUGCACGAUCAAUUGGCCAAAAUAGCAAAGGAGUCCUACGUACACAAGUAUGGAGGAACGUGACGAAACGUUGGUGAAUUUUUAUAUACCAAUCUGUUAUUAAUUAGAUUUUUUAUAAGUAAAAGCAAAUCGUUUAAUGUGUCUAGUAUACUUAUAAUGUAGAAAGAUGUAUGCAGAGCGUAUAUGAAUGUUACUUUUGCAUAAGACAGAGAGGAGCAAAUUUUUGUACAUACGUCUUUCUACGGAACAUUACAGACACGACACUUCCAUUAAUCCAAUCAGAUGUUUUUUAAAUUAUCAAAAAAAAUAUAUUUAGAAAACAUUGUCUGUUAAUUGGAAGUAUCAUAGCGUGAUGCUAAGCGUAACAUAUGUCAAACGAAUCAUAUUUUUGUAUUGCUUUUAAUGAGAUCGUCGCCGCGAGAUCAUCUCCUUGAUCUCUUCGUAAUAAGUAGUACAAGUUUUUGCCACGAGUUAAGCUACGCGUGCAAUAUUGUUAUAUAUUUUUCUACUCUACAUUUUUCCGAACAGAAAUUACGGAUAUACUUAGUUAUCGUGAUAAAGUGGGCACAUAUGUCGUCUAAUGAUAAACCGAAUUAGAGAUGAAGCAUAGUUUAUCCGGAGAAUACGAAGUUGUAGCUAAAAUGAUAUUUACGCACAAUAAACUUACUGUCUUUAUUAAUAUCCAUCAUAGUGCUUCGAGUCGCAAAAGACCAUAAAAACCUUGAAAAAUCUUGGAAAUUAAAAUUGCAAUGCAAUCUUCACUGAGUAAAUUUUAUAAAAAGUAAAUUGAAAAAUUAUAUAUAAAUCUAAAAGAAUACAUUUAUAUACAAAUUUUCAAUUUAUUUUUAUUUAUGUACAGAGUGUCUCAAAAUUUGCGAUUUUAAAUACUAUAACAAGAAAGUUCUUGAAAACAGUUGUUUAUAGAUUUUUAUUUCAAAUAAUAACUUUUGAGAUUUAAUGGCUUAAAGCAGACUAAUCACGAACUAUGUUUAAACUGCGUGUCUAGACUGCACGAGUUGUGCGAGCAGUAGUAUAAAUGACCUUCAGCGAUAAUAGUAAUAUUUCACCAUAUGGCAGGCAACCGUCUAAGUCUAAGCGAUUGAUCAACUUUAAGCUUUUAUUAUAUCUCAAAAAUUAUUGUUUGACAUAAAAAUCUACAGAUAACUGUUUUAUUUAAUUUUUCGAGAAAUACCUUGCUAUAGUAUUUUGAGUCAUAAAUUUGGAGACACCUUAUAUAUAAACUUACAAUCUCUACCAAUAUUCAUUAAACGUGCUUUGAGCUACAAAGAUCUUAUAAGAGCCACAGAGUAUUUUGUAGUUUGAAAUUAUAAUACAACCUUUUGUUACAUAUCUAUACAUAAAUCUAGAAAACUAUAUUUAUACAUAUAUAAAUUUAAUUAAUUUUUUACAUGUUGUAUAUUAUAUAUUAUAUAUUUAUAAAUAGUGAUAAUAUAGUACUGAAAUAUAUUGAUUUUGAAUUUAUGUUAUAUUUUGGUUAUCUCAAUUCCGAUUAAAUUUUUGUCAGUGAUUCUGAUAACGGCUCUAAAAUUCGUAUACGAGUAAUGAUGGAUUAGUACAUAUCACUUAGUACAGAUCACUCAGUAAAAAUAUAUCGAUUCGAAUUUAAUAAAUAACGCGUACGAACGAAUACUCCAAUUCAACUCGAAUACUUAAUGAUUAUUUAAGUUUUACUUAUUAUACUUGAUACCUGUUACAAUACAUGUAUAAAUGCAGAAAGAUACUCGAUAUUUUUGUAUGCUGCUUUUACCAAUGUGCAAAUUUUAUAUAUCUAUUAUAAAAGUAAUGAAUUAUAUAUUAUAGCAGGCAUUAUGAAGAAAGUAUAGUACGUGAUAUGAUGUAAUAUAGUAAAGUAUAGUAUCAUCAUAUAAAUAAAGUAAUAUUAUGUGUUUUGUUAAUUUUAAUAUCAUAUCAUGUAAGUUAUGUAGUAUAUAUUUUUGCUAACAAUUAAUUUUACUAGUAUGUUAUUAAUAUAUAAUAUACUUUUAAAAUAUGUUAUAUUUUAAUAACGUAACAAAGUAAUGUUGCGAUUUAGCUUACAUAUUUACCUCGUUGGUAUGGGGAACUAUAGAAUCAUGGAGGCAAGCUUUAUGUAUAAAUUUACAAAGAUAUGUAUUUUUUGUAAAUGAUCACUUUUGUAUAUUCGAUAGGAUUAAUUUUAGAAUAAUCUUUACUGCUACUUCAUUGUUAACUCUUUAUACUUGAAACCUUCUCCAUUUCUUUGCGGUCAAUUACGCAUUGUUGCGCUGUAUUAUAACAGAUUUACGACGCUGAUGUACUGUUAAUUAUUAAUCCUGUUGUACAGUAACAUAACAUAAAGCCGUAAAGCUAUAAUGUAUCUUAAAGGUAAAAGUUAAUUAAAAAAAAUUAACAUACAAUUGCGGCUUACGACUUUAUGUUUAUACUAUUAUAGAAUAGAUUUUAUGAUGUAUAGUAACUUCAAAAUGAAAAUACGCGCAUACGUGCAAUAAGAAAUGUUACAUGUAAGCAAUUACCCAAAGUACAACGAAAUAUAUAAGAAGAAUUAAGUUGUAA